CGUAAAAAGGUCAAUGACGACAAAGACAAAGAAUCAAGCCGCAGUCUAAAUCCAAGUAGGGAGGGGGGAAAAAAACCUCUCUCGUCACUGAGAGCAGCGCGAGCGAGGUCGAUGGCGACGGCGAUGCUGAGGCCCUCUUUCUUCGCCCGAGGAGACCAAUCGAGCGCUCUCGAUCUCUCCUCCGAUCGCGUCAGCAGAAACGCUGGGGGAUCUUCCUCUCGAUCGAAGAGGGAUUUCGUCUUCGUGGUCAACCCUAAAGGUGCGAAUGGUCGAACUGGGAGAGAGUGGAAGAAGCUGCUUCCUUUUAUCAGAGAGCGUCUCGGUCCUCAGUGCAAUAUAUGCGAGUCUAUGACUUCAGGACCAUUUCAUGCAGUGGACAUAACGAGGGAGGCAAUAAGGGAAGGGGCUGAAGCUGUCAUAGCGGUUGGAGGCGAUGGUACACUUCAUGAGGUAGUGAAUGGUUUCUUUUGGGCGGGAAAUCCAGUCACCUCUGUUGACCUUGGUCCAGAGCAUUCAACCACACUUGGACUUAUUCCACUGGGGACCGGUUCAGACUUUGCUAGAACAUUUGGCUGGAAAAAUGAUCCUUAUGAUGCCGUGGAGCGGAUUGCAAGGGGUUUGUUAUACCCAACUGGAUUAAGGUCUAAGAUAGAUGUUGGUGUUAUUAGUGGAAGCAGUGGAGAGAAGCAUUUUUUCAUUAACGUUGCUGACAUUCAUUUGAGUGCGAAAGCAGGUUAUUAUGCCUCCAAGUAUAAAAGAUUUGGGAAUCUAUGCUAUGUUAUAGGAGCUUUGCGAGCCUUUAUUGGACAUAAUAAUUGGGACCUUAAAAUCAAGGUGGAUGAUGGAGAGUGGGAGGUAUGCAACAAAGUAACUGCCCUUUGCAUUGGAAAUGCAAAGUUCUUUGGUGGUGGCAUGAAGAUUACUCCAACAGCUGAUCCUUCCAACGGAAACUUGGAGGUGGUUAUUCUUCAAGAUUUCAAGUGGUAUGACUUUGUUCUUAAACUACAUAAGCUAUACAAUGGAUCACAUAUUUCAGAGAAAAAUGUAUAUACGAGGAGUGUGAAAUCCAUCGAAAUAGCAGAGGUAACAAGCAGAGGGGAUAUCUUUGUGCAAUCUGAUGGGGAGCAUUUUGGGUUUCUUCCAGCGAAGUGCUUAAUUUUACCUGCUGCCAUAGAGAUUUUCACCUGACCUCAAAAACAUUUGGUGCUGCUUUUGCUGUGCUCUUUUCUACUUGUUUUGUAUCAUCGUUCUUUAUCAACUAAAGGAAAUUCGGGUAAUCUUCGUUCCGUUUGCGAGCUUAUUUCUCUGAGAAGCUUGAAGCUUGAAUUUUGAAGCGAGACUCUUAACAUAUUACCACAUUUGUUCUUGGGAUGUUGAGAGCUUUGUUGAGGGAAGCAGUCUGCCAGGGGCUUGUGGAUGAGUUCAUUGACGAGCGUUUUCUUCUAGGGGUUAAUUCUCUGGAUUAAAACUAUCGAAAGGUGGAAAAUUAUCAGCUAGAAUAUCUGAUUGAUAGAAAGACGUACAAGAAUUGCUGUUAGUCUCUAUUCUUUGAUGAAUCCAGAUAAUCACAUAAUGAGCUUG